CUUCUUCCUCUUCUUCUCCUUCUUCCAAAUUCCUCUGUGCUCUGUGCCCUGUGCCCUUCGCCUUCUCCUGUAACGCUACAUCGCGUAGAGAAGCGAUAAUCUGGCGAUGAAUCUGUCCAUCUUCUCCUCGGCCGUGGAAGGCAUCGCGUGGAGGGGAUGGCUUUACACGGUGUUCAUCCUGCACUUCGUGUUCGCUUGCCAGUUUCUCCUCCUUCAGCCCCUCGUCUCCGCCCUGGAUGGACAAGCUGAUGCUGCUGAGUUACUUGAUAGGGCAUCACAUAGUAUCAAGGUGAAACGUUAUAAUGAGGCACUUGAUGAUCUUAAUGCUGCCAUAGAGGCAGAUCCAAAACUUUCUGAAGCGUAUCUUCAUCGAGCCUCCACUCUUCGGCAGCUAUGCAGAUACCAGGAGUCAGAAUCGAGCUACAGAAAGUUUUUGGAGUUAAAACCUGGAAAUAAAGCUGCAGAAAAGGAACUCUCUCAACUGCUUCAGGCACGGAGUGCUCUCGAAUCAGCAAUUUCUCUCCUUGAUUCAGGAGAAUAUACUAAAGCUUUGGAAUAUGUUGAAAAGAUUGUACUCGUCUUUUCUCCAGCCUGCUCAAUGGCCAAACUUUUGAAAGUGAAGUUGUUGUUGGCAACUAAAGACUAUUCCAGUGCCAUUGCUGAGUCUGGAUAUAUUCUCAAGGAAGAUGAGAACAAUUUAGAGGCGUUAUUGCUUCGUGGCCGUGCCUACUAUUAUUUGGCAGAUCACGACGUGGCUAUGAGGCAUUAUCAGAAAGGUCUCCGCCUGGACCCUGAGCAUGCUGACUUGAAGAAAGCAUAUUUUGGGUUGAAAAAUUUGCUCAAGAAGACUAAGAGUGCAGAAGAUAAUCUCAACAAGGGUAAAUUGCGACUUGCAGUAGAGGAUUAUAAAGGAGCUAUUGCUUUGGACCCCGAUCAUCACGCCCACAAUGUACACCUCCAUCUUGGUUUGUGCAAGGUAUCGGUGAAGCUUGGUCGGGGAAAGGAAGCUUUGACCAGUUGUACUGAAGCACUUGACAUUGAUGGAGAUCUUACUGAAGCUUUAGUCCAGAGAGGCGAGGCAAAACUUCUAACUGAAGACUGGGAAGGUGCUGUGGAUGAUCUAAAGUCGGCAGCUCAAAAGUCACCUCAGGAUAUGGCUGUUCGUGAAGCACUUAUGAGAGCUGAGAAAGCAUUGAAGAUGAGCAAACGGAAGGACUGGUACAAGAUUUUAGGAAUUUCAAAGACUGCAUCAAUUGCUGAGAUCAAGCGUGCCUAUAAAAAGCUUGCUUUACAGUGGCAUCCUGACAAGAACGUGGACAAUAGAGAUGAGGCAGAGAACAAGUUCCAAGAAAUCGCAGCUGCAUAUGAGGUGCUCAGUGAUGAAGAAAAGCGGACAAGAUAUGACAGAGGUGAAGACAUUGACGAAAUGGCCAUGGGAGGUGGCGGCGGCGGCGGUUUCAACCCGUUUGGCGGCGGGGGACAGCAAUUCACUUUCACCUUCGACGGUGGUUUUCCUGGUGGCUUUGGUGGCCACCAAGGUGGAGGCUUUCCUGGCGGGUUUGAGUUCCAUUUUUGAUUCAGUUGAAACGCGGGGAUCUCGACACGCGGGAUGUAGACAAAUUGAAUGCAUUUUGGCGACCCAAAACACCAGUUGACUAAUUUCUGGUAGGUGCUCGGUAUAUAGUUUAGGUCCAUUGGGGAAGAUUGAUGACAAUCGAAAAUGUAGUCUUCGAGAAAGUGUUGCUUUGCGGGACAUUAUAGAUGGAAAGUGUACGAGUUCCUUAGUGAAAUUCAAAUUCGAUCGUUGAAGGAAA